AUGUCUGAAGACCGAUUAAAUGGUUUAACUAUGAUGGCUGUACAUAAAUCAAUUGCAAUUAAUCCUGAUGAUGUGAUUGACGAGUUGGCUAAACAGCCAAGAAAAUUAGAAAUUCUUUUAUAA